GACAAACAAGAGCGGGACACUACUCCAAUCGGUUGGCAACACCCGGCCACUGAAGAGGAGGGGACACUCGACAGACCAUCCUCUCCCGUGGCGAUUUCCGGCUUCUACCUCUUCACCCUCGAACUGCUCACGAUUGCCCUGGUCUUCUCGAAGGCCCUCCACCACAACGCUGGGAAGAAGUAUGUCCGCGUCGUUCAGCCCGGGUGCCACGUGGCAUGGGCCGACAUGAAUGGAGACCACUCCACCGUUGCCUGCUGCUCCCUGCCCUCCUCCUCCACCACCUUCCUCUCCUUUCUUCUCGGUGGAGACGACCCGCCCUCCGAGGGUCAGGACGGAUGGAAGAACCCCCUGUGCGCAGCUGCGACGUCACCUCGGACGAAGCAUCUGACCAGUGGCCUGGCGCUGGUCCUUCCCUUUGUGACCUGGUUCCUGAAUUGUUUGUUCUCCGCUGUGGCUGGCUGGUGGGGCGAGGGGGGCCGGACGGAGAAGGGAAGGGGGAAGGACGAGGAGGGGAAGGAGGGGAGGAGGAGGAGGGAGGCGAUUUGGACGGGCCAGCGAAGACGAUUGGGGCUGUAUGCGGCGGUGAUCAUGUUUCGAACAGCAGUGCUCCUGAUGCUCCUCAACCGUGUGCAGGCAUGGGUGCAAGCGGAGGAAGGCGAUACCUGUUGGUACUCGGCUCUCCGACACGACGGCAGGUGCAGAGAGCGCUUCGAUUUCGCCGACCACGGCGUGCUCUUCAUCUCCCAGUACCUGGCUAUCCAAACGUUUGAGACGGUGGCGAUCCUGCGGGAGGCCCGGAGCCUCCUCCACCUCGUCACCUGCCUGGCCUCGGCAUGCCUGAUCUCCCUCCUCUCCCUGGUCGGCUUCUAUGACACGGUCACCUACUUCCAUACCCGGACGGAGAGCCUCAUGGGCGUCCUCAUCUCCCUCGUCACCGUCCAGCUCCCUCUUAUGCUCGUUGCCUCGGGCCGCCUGCGCCAGCAUCGUUAUUUGCGUAUCAGUCAUUUCAUCAAAGCUUGA